AUGGGCAGUGUCAAGACAGAAGGCUCGAAUCCGUAUUUUUGUGCAACAGCCGUUGAUGGGCGACAGGACACACCAUCCGAGGAGGAGACCGUCGACGACGAGUGGACCAUGUACUUGGACUUGGACCCGGGCAUGGUAAAGAUUGCUUCUGCUCAGGAAAUGGGGAUGGAUUUGCUUCAGCUCAGCAAGGCGGAGGUGGCCUUCACGAAGGAUAUCGAGAAGGUGCUCAGAAGACCGAGUGGGCCAUUGGAGGUAACGCACAAUGUGAGUCCAGCUGAAGUUUUGGCAAAUUUGGAUGCUUGGCGUCCCGCCAUCGAGAAGGAAGUGAAGGGCAUCCAUGUGGGUGUUGAAAACGUGGUGCCGUGGUACAAGCGCAAAGCUCGCUUGGUGAUUUGCGGCAAUUUAGCCGCAGAUGAGAGAAAUCCUCUUUACACCGUGGCGGCCCCUGCGCAGGUUAUCAUCGCACAGCCGCCCCGCCUCUUGGAGAUCGUCAACGACUCCCAGAAAACCAUCAUCGUGAUCUAUGUCGACGAUUUCCUCAUAUGCGCUAUCACGCCGAAGCAGCAGGAUAAGGUUCCCAUCACCAAGGAACUUGCUGCGAUUCUAGACAAUGAGGAGGAGCUCUCAGAGGAGAAAGUCCGCUAUGCGCAACAGAUCACAGGAGAGAUUCCUUGGUUGGCUCAGAGAGUCUUGGGGUAUCUUCAGCGUACGAUCCACGUGAACUUGGAAGAGGAGUGGGCCAACACGGGCUUGGUCAUGUAUUGCGACGCAGCCUAUGCGCCUCAAUCAGCAUGCUCGCAUGGAGGAUGGCUUGUGGUAUAUGGGGGAGUACCUCUUCUUUGGAGGAGCCGACGCCAACAGAUGAUAACUCUCUCCACGGCGGAAUCGGAACUCCUACCGAUAAUCGACGGGGCCAUCGCCAUGAAGGGCGUAGAGGCAAUCCUCACCGCGGGCGAGCGACAACUAGCGGAUCUUCUUACCAAGGCUUUAAGCAACGCAAGGAUCAAGUCCGAGUCCGAGAUCGUGUGCUACUUCAACACCUAUAAGAGUGCGGACGGUGACGCCAAGGACACCGACCGGGAGAGCUCUGGCACCACCCGCAAUACCAUCCACGAGUACGUGGAUGUGUGCCACUUGAUGACACAGGAGAAUCUUCGAGAGGGCUUGCGCACUGAAGGCCUUCCGGUGUCUGGACUGAAAGAUGACCAGGCGCGGCAAUUGGGAGCUCGGUUGUUAGAGCGAGGAUCUUUGCCAAGUGGGCCAACGGUGAAGCAGCGCAAGUACGCUUUAUGGCUUUGGAGAGUAAAGGAUCUACAAGGCCGACACUUGCUCCGCUACCGAGACUUCAAUGCUAGAACUCGAGUGUCGGCGCUCAUCGCGGCAUGGAAGUCCUGGUUUGUUGACGACAGCGAGUGGGCGAGCUUGGGCACCUAUGAGUACCUGUAUGCGCAUGUGCGUUCCACUGCUGCCAAGGCCAUCAUCUCCGUACCUCUUACGAUGGUCGUCGUCCACUACUGGCGAGCGCACAUAAGGGCAUUGGAGACAGCGAGUAGGAGGCUGUUGAGCUUCCGCUUCGACCAGGACAUCAGAUGCCACUGCUGCGCCAUCAGCCACAUCCAUCCGGUUACCGGCCGCGCGAUGAUAUGCGACCAUUACACCAUUCGCGAAUGCUUGUGCCUCUGGUUUGGCUCUGUCCAGCAGUUCGAACAGAUCAUGCAGGACAGGGUCUUUCACGUGUUCAAGGGAAGCUCCGGCAGACAGUCUAUUCCGUACCACUGGAUUGUCGCGACGGGAGUCCCGAACCUUUGGAGUGGUAUUUGGAUCGGAGUGCAGACAGCUUAUUGGUCAGAUAUUGCAACAACGGCUGCUAUGACGUUCCUGUUGUUGUGCGCUUGGCUCGUCACCCUUCCGCUUUGGCAGCGCCUACUGCUGCAGAUGGCAUACAAGCUGCGGCAGAAGCACUGUUGGUGGAAGGAGUUCCUCAUCGACUUGGCACUGGCACUGUGCUAUCUCUCCUUUGAGAUCCUCUACAAUAUUGCAGAUACACUGCUGGUCUUCCUUCUCGAGGACGUGUGGGCUUCUGGCUACAUUCUGCAACUCGCGACGGUUUUGCCGGCGAUUGUCGUUUUUCGGCGCUGCUAG